CUAAGCAUGGAUUGUGGCGGAGAUUUCACCGAUAGACUUUUUAGUCGUGUCGCUAAUUUUGAAGGUUUAAAAGCACUGGAUAUCGGAUGUGGGACAGGCGAUAUAGCCUUUCGACUUGCGGAAUUGGUUGGAGCAAACGGACAUGUGACGGCCAUUGAUAUCAAUCGUGAUGCACUUGAGGUUGCUAAAGGGCGAGCCAGUGACCGCGAUCUGAAGAAUAUCAAUUUUAAAGCUGAAAGCAUCGAAGAUUUGGCACAAUCUGAAUACAAAUUUGAUAUUGUGACCUGCCGCAGAGUAUUGAUGUAUUUGCCUAACCAAGUGGAAUCCAUGCGUAUUGUGCGCAAUGCGCUUAAACCCAAUGGUCGUUUGUUGAUACAGGAACAUGAUGCAACCGUCAUGCAAUCCAGUGUGAACUUGCCCCUUCAUGCAAAAGCACGAGCGUGGAUAUGGGAUACAGUCAAAGCAGAGGGCGCGAACCUAGGAACAGGUUUCGACCUCUACAGCAUUCUUGCUGACGCAGGGUUUGCACACUGUGAGAUUAUGGUGGAGGCUGUUGUCGAGACGCCAGCCCAGACCUCACAAACGGUGAACAUUGUAAGAGCAUUGAUUCCGCGCAUCGUUAAAGCGGAAGUGGCGACAGAAGAGGAGAUACAAGUCGAAACGCUAGAAAACAGGCUGAUUGCUGAGAGAAAAGAGAAGAAUGCAACUUUUGUUAAAGAACUUGUGUUUGGAGCAAUUGCUCAUAAUGGGAAUUAGAACAUUAUGGACAUUGACGACCUAGCCCGUUUGUCAGAGCGAGCUCAUACAAUUGACAUUUGACACAGAGAAUAUCCACUUUUUGGGAUGAGCAGGGGUGAAAAUUACAUUAUUUGGGAAAAAAUGCACUGAUUCUAACAUAAACCUUUUAUUUUACAU